UGACACAUCAGCACGCGAGGUAUUUUAAUAACGUCACUUGUUAACGGAAGCGAACUAUCCGACAAUUUGACGGACAUGCUUCAUCACAAGUCACCAUUAAGGGCAUGAGCAUUAGCAGCAGAAGAAGACAGUUUAGGGAGAACCAUUAUGGAAAGAGCUGUUCUCGGGAGCAUUCUGAUUGCUGGUUACUGGACUGCCUACGCCAACGAGCUCAAUAAUGGCCCAUGUUCUGGAAAGCAACCACUGCUCGACAAAGCCAUGGUGAAUUACUUGACGCUGGAUUAUAUCACGAAUAUGACUAUUCCUGGCUUCAACCUCACCAAACGAAUUGGCUGGGUGAAAUUUGGCGAGUUUUACGGUGGAAAUAUAAAAGGCUUGUAUAAGAUAAAAAGGGAGGGCAACAACUACGUUGAAGCAAAUAAUAAUCAAACUAUGCGAAUGCGCAUUGGUUUGACAUUGGAAAGCCUCAACAUUUCUAUUGACUUCCGCCUGAAGAAUGUAAUAUCGUUCAUGGGGUACACGAAAGGGGAGGUUCAAGCAUAUGCUUCAGCAUUAACAUUCAUCCUGGAAAUAAAAGAGAUAUCCGGGCAACCUAGAGUGACCGGCUGUACAUUGAAAAUUCGUGACUUGCACGCCCGAUUUAUUUUGAAAGGCAAAUUCUCAAAACUCAUAAACUCAAUGGGGUCACUGCAAAAAUAUAUCACCAAGAAAUUAAAAGAAAAAAUUCAAGCUCACUCCUGCUAUCUUGUGAAUAAGCAAGUCACGGCACUUGGACAACGCAUGGAUAAAGAGUCUAAAUGCAGUAACUGCAGGAAGGUUGAAGUGGUACUCCGCAAUGCCGUUGUAAAAUACGGCCUAGAUCCAGCACCGCUCUCUUCAACGGAAGCAGACCUGUUUGGAAAUAUUGCUACAGUGAAGGUUAAUAACGGAACUCUCCGAGGCCUGUCCACGCUGCGCCGGUCGGGAGACUUUUUGGCUUCCAUGAAUGAUUGUGGUGCGCGCCUCUACGCCGAUGUAGCAGUGAACAACCUCACAGUUACACUCAGUACCACUGUUGAGGUGCUCUGGACUCCUGUUAGGGCCAUCGUGAGCAUCAACCUUUCAACGAGAAUAAUCGUCGACAUUGUCGAGCGGAACAGCACCCUCGUGCUGGAAAAACUGGUUGUCAAUAUAACUGAACCAGUAGAUGUUGAUGUCACGCCAAUAGGAUCCUUCAGCUCUCUUCUCACAUCGUUUUUACCGGAGCAAGUCAUUGCUGCAGCAAUACCCAUAAAGCUUCCUCGGAUUCUGAACAAUACAAUACACAAGGGCAUUAAAAAAUUAAGAAAUUUUGCUGAGUCAGCUGAAGAAUUUGCAGUGUGAACGCUUCUCCACAGGUGCGUUCCUUCGAAAAUAAAAAGGAUACAC